AUGAAGCUGUACGAUUUCAAGGACGUGCCAACGGGAAUCAAAGCCCAUAUUCGCACUACGCUGGCCGACAGGCGGAUGGCCAAGGACGCGCACAGGCGCGGGCACUUCUACGUGAGCUCGACGUCCUCAUCUUCCGCCUCAGCUUCAGCAUCGUCCUUCCGCGCACCGAAGAUGAAGGAGGUCGUGCGAGUCAAUGGGACGUGGGCAGCGGCGGGCGACCAUUUGGUCACAAGCAAGCUGCGGGCAAGAGCCACAAGAGCCAGACAAGGACAAACGGACAUUACGCGGCUGGGUGGUGCGGUGGUGUCGGCCCCGAGGCAGGCCACAACGGCGGCGCACGUGGGCUGGAGACGGCUGGCGAGCGGCCCCGCACAGCCGCUUGUGCCGCCCUUCACCGAGCAGACCGCCCGUGCCAAGGUGCAAGCGGCCGAGAACCUAUGGAACACCAAGGACCCCAGCAAGGUGGCCCUGGCGUACACGGAGGACUCGGUCUGGCGCAAUCGGGAUCGGUUCCUGCAGGGUCGCGCCGCCAUCAGGGCUUUCCUGGAGGAGAAGUGGGCCAAGGAGCACGACUAUCGCCUGCGCAAGGAGCUGUUCUGUUUCGCCGGAGACAGGAUCGCGGUCGAGUUCAACUACGAGUACCGCGAUGACAACGGCCGAUGGUGGCGCGCCUAUGGCCUGGAGCAUUGGACCUUCGACGAGCGUGGCCUCAUGCACACUCGCCAGGCCUCCAUCAACGACGUGCCCAUCGAGGAGAAGGACCGCAUCGUCCAGUAG